AUGGAGCCAGGGCAGGGGCGAGAGACCGGGGCAGGGGUCUUCCUUCCGCUUUGUUUGUUUCUGAUUCUGAACUGUGGCGUCAAUAUUAGCGGUCCAGGUGCAGCCCAGGUUAUGGCAGAAGGGGUGCGGACCGUGUGCUGGAAUUGCUGCAGAUCGUGUGUUUCAGGGCAUGCAGUACCCACUGGGCGACCAGAGCAGGAGAGGGGCACCAGAAUACGGUGUUGCGAUGAUUCUCGUAUGGGCUUGCGCCAUGCGAUGGGCAUCCCCAUCCUGAACAAGAUGCUCGACGCUGUGCUGCACGCUGUCAGAGACAGUGUGGGACCUGUCGAUGGCAGCAGGAAAUCACCGCAGCGAUGA